AUGGAAGCUCUACAACUAAUAAGUACCAGAGCAAUUGACUUAACAAUAAUCCGGGGACAUUCUUGCCAAAAUUUCCAACAGGCUGCAACUUCGAUAUAUGAGGUUCUGCAGAAGUGUUACACGUACCAGAAUCAAUCACAUUGUCUCCUGAAUAAAAGUGAUGCAGGUGCUAGAACUAGUGGCUUCCAUAUAAUUAAGAUUUCGGUCUGUGACCAUGACCCCUUAGACAUAUCGAAAGAUGGUCAUAAGGAUGAAGACUCAUUUCAUUAUGCUGGAGUUGUAAAUCACACGGUGCAACAUGGAUUGAAAGAGAGGAACAACACCGGAAUUCAAUGGAGGAAUAGAGUUGAAGAGCAGCAACCAGAAGACACCCUAUUUGUGGUGAAAGAAGUAGUUAUGAAUUGGAAUUCUUUGUACAUUUAUAAUGAAAUAGAUGUGGAUUGGGAUUCCCCACCAAUCUAUAAUAUUUAUUGCGAUGAUGAGUACAGUGAUGGCAACCAUGUUGUCAUCAACGGUGACCUCAUUGGAAAGGUAGAAGUUGAUUGCAAAGAGAGCAUGAGAGUUGCUCAACAAAAGAAAUUUGUUGAUUUAGGCUAUGUUGGUCCGUUUGAUUACAAGUCUGCCACUUUCACAAAUGUAGAAGUGUUUAAAGAUUACAUGGAUACAACACAUGUUGAUGAAGGUAGUUUAAGUUUUGCAGCUCAUUACUCCAAAAGUCAAUGGAAGAGGAAUAAGUUGUUAAUUGAUGUUUUUUAUGCAAAAUUUAACAUGGAGGAAUUGAUGCUGAUAUCUAGAAUUGUUAUACACGUGAAGUGA